CUCUGAGGAGCACGUUUUUGAGAGUUGUGAUCAGAUCAGUAAGUUAAGUUAUUAUUAUUAGUUAGAUUGUCAUGGGAGAGAAGAGCCGGCUUUGCCGGGUGUGGGUGGGCGCGGAGACGGGGAUUCUGAAGGGGAUCAGCCCGGCAAAGAAACAAGCCUUUAACUUUUCCGAGACGAGCAGCCUGAGCCGAGACCAGGAGGUUCGGGUGCUGUGCUGGGGAGACCCUGCCGAGACGGAAGUGCUAGUGGGCUCCGUGAACGGGACCGUGCGGACGUUCAGCACCGAAAAGGGGGUCUUUACGGAGACCAGGCAGUGUGGGGACGCUGAUCAGGGGUUCUUCACCGGGCUGGCGGUGGCGGACUGCGGCCUGGUGACAUGCGUGGAGACGGGCCGGCUGCGUGUGUGGAGGGAGGAGAGCAGCAGCCCCGUAGUUGACAUCGACGCGGGGAAGAACGUGUGUCGUAUGCGACAGAACGCUGCGCAGAAGAACCGAGUCGCCACGGGUGGGAAGGAGAACGGGCUGAAGAUCUGGGACCUGGAGAGACCUGACACGCCGGUGUUCACAGCGAAGAACCUGCGGGACGAUUGGAUCGACCUGAAGCAGCCAGAGUGGCUUCGGGACGCCGCGUUCCUCCCGGACUCCGACAAGAUAGUGACGUGCACGGGGCAUCACCAGGUGCGUGUGUACGACCCUUCCACCCCUCAGCGCAGGCCCGUUUUGGAGGUCCGCUACGGGGAGUACCCCCUCACCUGCCUGUCUCUGGUGGCCGGGGCGCAGUCGGUAGUGGUGGGCAACACCCACGGGAGCCUUGCGGUGCUGGACCUCAGGAAGGGGCUGGUGCGAGGUUGUCUAAAGGGGCUGCAGGGGGGGGUUCGGGGGCUGCAGUGCCACCCCACCCUGCCCCUGGUGGCCUCCUGCGGCCUGGAUCGCUUCCUGCGCAUCCACAGCCUGGAGACGCGUGCGCUGGAGCACAAAGUGUACCUCAAGUCCAGACUCAACUGCCUCCUGCUGUCCAGCGGAGCGCUCGGGGAGGAGGUCGGGGGGGACGUGGAGGAGGUGAAGGAGGAGGAGGACGAGCUGUGGCAGAGCAUGGAGAAGGUGGAGGAGAAGAGCAAGCGAAAAGCCCCAGAGGAGGAAGAGGAGGAGGAGGCGGUAGAGGAGGAGGAGGAGGAGGAGGCGGUAGAGGUGGAAGUGACGCAGGUGACCAACAGUAAGAAGAAGAAGAAGAAAGGCCAGAAGUGAUGUUGGUCAGAGGCUUCAUGUUCUCCAUGGCGAGGAUCAUUGAACCCGGUUGGAUAGCAGCACCCAGCCCUGCAGUCAGCUGACCAGGAGAGGGCCCCUUAUUGGCCAGCAGCUGGUUUCUUUUGGACAUUGAGGCGAUGCGUCUGCUUGUAUGCUCUGUUGUCGAUAAAGUUUUAGAAGAUAUUUCCCUAACCGAGUGUCUUUUCAGGUGUUUGUUGGAAGUGCAUCAGUAAACAGGACAAGUGUUUUAGAUCCGAGUCUGGAUGUGUAUUUUGAUCCAGUUUGGAUCACGAUACAAACUGGGAAUUAGUUUAACAGAGGGGGGAAAUAUGAACAUAUGUUUUAUUAAGCCGUUUUUUCAAAGAAAUGUAUUAACCAUCCAAAAUACAAUAAAAUGUGCUGUUUUAUGUUAUUGUGGUUUUAGGAAAACAAAGACCAACUGAAGGUCUGUCGAUCUUGCAUACGUAACAGUGGUUAUAUAUUCAUGGUUCAGACUGGCUUGAAAUAUAAGGACAUCUUCUACAAUGCUUCACAGAUUAAACACAAUAAAUAUGAACCUCAUGGAAGCUGUCGAGCCUGUCUCUACCACUAACCCUUGACCAAGCCGCACUCAACUUCCAUUGGUUCAUAAAAAAAAAGGACAUGUUACAUGAAAGCACAUUCUCUUACUUAACCUGCAUUUGUAACAUUUAAGACCUGUAGUGACUCAUCCAAACUAGACAUAUUAAGUUAUGGUAAUUUCCCUUUCAAAGGUUUGAGUUAACGUGAAAUGUGCACUUACUCUUUACCUGAAGCCACAUGUCUGUGCUAGUAACAGCCCACUAAGGAUGCUCGAUAUUGGAUUGAUGGUUUUUAGAUUUCUUUCAUUUAAAGAAUUCCAACAAAACGGGUGGGAAUUUCCUAGACAAGGAUCAAUAAAGAUCUUGAAUUCACUAUACUUCUAUAGUACAGUAUAAACUAACUAUAGUCCUGCUGCCAUAAUCAAGGACCAGGUCUUGGACAGGCAUCAACUAUUUCAGGGUCCCGCCAAUUACAUAAUGAUUUGGCCAUUCGGCAGGUAAAACCGUUACGGCUAACAUUAAAACAAUCUUUGCAGGUGGAUUUUUCCAUCCUGGCAGGUAAAAUAAAAAAUC